AUGAGUGAGAGAGACAUCACAACAUUGACUCCGAAUCGCCAACUAGUGGAUGCAGUGUGGAAUAACAAAGGUGAUGAGGUUGACAGAUUGUUAAGUCAAGGAGCAUCACCGAAUGGAUGGCCUGUACUGGUGAUAGCUUGUUUGAGACGCUACAAUUCUGUAUGUAAGCUGCUGGUGAAGAGAGGGGCAGAUAUGAACAAAAGUACUCCUCGUGGUAGUACUGCUCUAAUGAGGGUAGCAAGGAAUGGUGAUGAUGAAAUGGUCGACUUCCUUUUAUCAUCAAAUGCUGAUGCUGGACAGAAGGAUGUGGGUGGUAGGACUGCAUUUGAUUUGGCUAUGGGUAAUGGUCACAUGUCAACAGCUGGUUGUUUUGUGUUGGCAACUAAAAAAGUUGAAGAUGUUACAGUUGAGUGUUUGUAG